AUAGAGAACUUGCCCCACGCACAACACACAGCAAGCAAAUAACAGUGAAAGCGUCAAGAUCGGGUCUAGGGUUCCUCAAAUUCAUCACCUCUUAUCUCUCUCUCUCUCUCUCAUCUCAUAAUCCACAGUCAGUUGUGGAAUCUCUCUACAACUUCUUGCCCUCAGGUGUUGAAAUUGGUGGGAAGGGUUGGUUGUGGUUUGGUAGGUUGAUCGGAGGUUUUGUUGAAGCUGAGAUUUGAGGUUGCAAAUGCCGGACGAGGACUUGGUGGAGCUUAAGUUCCGAUUGUAUGACGGAACAGACAUCGGUCCGUUUCGGUACUCACCGGCUUCCACAGUAGCCAUGCUCAAGGAGAGAAUUGUCGCUGAGUGGCCUAAAGAUAAAAAAAUUGCACCGAAGGCAGCGAAUGAUGUCAAACUGAUAAAUGCUGGAAAAAUUCUGGAGAACGGCAAGACUGUUGGCCAAUGCAGAAUACCAUUUGGAGAGCUUCCAAAAAGUGUCAUAACCAUGCAUGUUGUUGUGCAGCCGUCUUUAGCAAAAGCAAAAACAGAAAAGAAGGUUGAUGAGGCUCCGAGGAAAAACUUCUGCCAAUGUUCAAUAUUGUGAGAAGUUAAAAGUUUGAUUCAGAAUUAAUCUUGUGAGAUUCUUGUUGGGAUCAACCGGUCUGUGGAAUUGAGCAGUUGGAAAGACAAUAAUUUGUAAACAGUACCAUAUACCUCAUUUUACAUAUGUUUGUUGGAGGGCAUUCCUUUGUAACACUGCUUGUCGUUUGUUAUGCAUAUCUGCCUUUUAUAAAUUCUUGUGUUUGUGUACA